GCCAACUUGGGUCACACUGUGCGAACUCGGGAACGCGUACACAACACAAGGAGCGGAGUGUGCCGAGCAAAAGAAAAAAAGAAAGAAAAAGAAGCGGAAAAGCCACCACCAGAGCGUGGAAGGGAAAAAAACGAAAAGCUGAUAGAGGCGCCCACGAAAAACGCACGCAGCCUGCAACAUCCAAGGAUUCCGGUGCCCAGACCAACGUAGUGUUCCGCCGUGAUACAAGCUCCACGGGUCGCUGAGUGCGUGUUGCCCCAGGCUCAGUCACCUGGUCAGGCCGCCCCAUCCUCGCCCGCUGCAGUGCAACAGAAAAAUCUGCGGGGGAUGAGCGCGUUUGUUUUUGGUCAGGUGUGCGAUCCCGUAACGAGUGAACAGGAGCUGCAAGGCAGCAGGCUGGGAUAAAAGCUCCAGCAUCCUUAGCUCCUUGGCUCCUUAGCAUAAUUUAAUUCGCAAAAAUCGAAACGAAACCAAACGAAACGAAAGCGAGAAAUCGGCUCCUUUGCGAGAGAGAGCCCCCAGUGUAUGUGUAUGUGUAUGUGGCGGUGUGUGCGUGCCCGUGUGCCAGUGUGUGCGUGAGCAGCAUCCUGGAAGCCAGAAAAAGACAGGAGAAAUAACAAAAAUAUAAAAACAUAGCAGAGGGGCCAUCAUCCGCAUCGCAGCCUCCCUGGGAAUGGAGGAAUGUCGCUGAGCAGGUGCCAGUGCGACGAGCAGGAUCGGAAUAAGGAUUAGCCAGCGUCCAGCAUCCUCCGAUGCCACCGCAUAGACAUAGAUACAGAUUACAGAUACGGAUACACACACCCUGCUUUUGUCCAGGCAGCGGCGCAUAAUGCAGUGAUAAUAUAAACCAGCUCCUCUCGUGUCUCGUGCAAUCUCCCAGUCCCCAGUGACAAUUAGCUCCAUCUCCGUCUCCAUAUCCAUAUCCUCCACGGCAAAUCAACCCACAGGUCCUGGCUCAAGGAUACCCGCACCCACAGCAACAGCCACAAUAGCAACACAGGCGACCAGCAUCGCAGCAUCGCAGAUCCCGGAGCGCAUCAAGAUGACCACGGACUUCCUCUUCCCUAAAAUAUCGGACUGCUCCUACGUGUCCUGUUACUGCGAGGAGAACGUGUGGAAGCUCUGCGAGCAGGUGAAGCGGACGCGGCCGGAGGAGCUGUCCAAGUGCUACGCCGUCUUCGUUUCCAACGAGGGUCGCACCGUGCCCCUGUGGCGCCAGAAAGCAGGACGCGGCGACGAUCAAGUUGUGAUAUGGGACUACCACGUCUUCUUCAUACACAAUCCCUUGCUGAAUCGCUGUUUGGUGUUCGAUCUGGACACCACACUGCCCUUUCCCACAUAUUUUCACAAGUACGUGACGGAGACGUUCCGCUCCGAUCUGGCCCUGCGUCCGGAGCACCACAGAUUCUUUAGAGUCAUACCCGCAGACACAUAUCUCAUUGAGUUCUCGUCGGAUCGGCGUCACAUGCGUCGGCCGGAUGGCAGUUGGAUCAAGCCACCGCCCUCCUAUCCACCUAUACUCUCCAAUUCGAAUAUGCACUGUCUAGGAGACUUUAUCUGCAUGAGUGCAGGAAAAGGUCCAGGAUCGGUCUACAGCCUGUCGGAGUUCGUGCAAAACUUCUACAAAUCGCCACAUGUGAUGGCGCAGAACAACAAGUAGAUGGAGGGCCAGGGGAUCUAGAAUGCCGAAUCGUGCAUCCGAAGCAUCCAACAGCCCACAGAUGCAGAACGCAUCCAGCAACUCAACCACAUCCAAAUGCAAAUACAAAUCCGUAUCGAAAUCGUUUUGUCGUUGUCGUUACCAGACAGUUAAUUACCAAUUGCAUACAUAUACAUACAUACAUAUACACGCGAACAUAUAAAUAUAUUUAUGAUAAUGUAUUUUUGUAUUCAGGUUAACAGAGAUCAAGUGCAGAAGACGGUUAAAACGCUGGCGCCACGCAGCUCUUGGCGUUCAUAUGCAUUAAACUUCAAUUCUAAAGAAAUUAUAAAUCUAAUUAUACAUUUUUUAUUGUACGUAUUGUAUUGUAUUUUAUAAAGCAACCACCACACAUACAUACAUACAUAUAUGAUAGCCUAGGGCAGAGAUGAGAUUAUUAUUCGUUAUAUCCUCCGUGUACUUUUUGUAACUCUAAGCCUAAGCGAAAUGGAAAAGCACCAAGGCGGCCGGCGGACAUCUGAUCGCAUAUGCGCCGUUCCACCAUAUUUAUGGAUGUGGAUCUACUACCACUUUGCAUACUACGCUACGCUCUCGUUUAUGUAAUUCCAUUUUUGGCUAGGCUCAAAGCUAACCCAUGCCUAACUGUAACUUACACUCUACUCUAAACUCACGUUAGUCUCGUCUCCAAGCGAAAUUGAAAUCGAAUUCGAAUUCGAGGCGAAUAAUUGCAUUAAAGCUUGUUAACUUGUUUUAUCGUACUUACACUAAUUACGUACUCGUACCGCAAUUAUAAUUGUAAUUCGAAUAUUAUCUACUUUGUAUACAACGGAAAGCAAAUCGAUGCUAAUCGAAUCGAAUCGAUGAUAAUACUAAUAAUGUAUUGUAUUGUAUUGUAUUGUAUGUUUGUAUCUAGCUAGUUUUUGUACGGUUUGUAUGCCCGAGGAUCCCCAGCCGAAUCCACAUUAGAGUACCCACACCCGAUCCGGAAAUACGAACCCCGCUUAGCGUUGAUUUCGAUAUACUUAUCGUAUCGUUUCCCCUUCGAUUAAUGACUUGUGACGCGCAAAGACUGAUUCAUUAUACGCCCUACGGUAGCUGCAGCUCCUCUUCAAAUGCCUCCUCGUGUUUUAUAAAUGCCCAGUCCCUCGAGUGUCCCUGUAGACUUUUUUCGAUUGUUUAUUGUUCGGCUUCCAACCUUUAGACUCGGAUUAGUUAACGAAACUCGCAUUUAUUUAUGAUUCUCUGGCUUACACAUUGAUUUUUGAUUCGUAUAGAGAGGUUUUUACUCGAUUUGUACUUGUAUGGGGUAUACCAUAAAGACAUUUGAAUAUCUAGAUCAUAAACGAGAAUGUAUAAAAAUAAAUGCUGUGCAAAAGUCUCAAAGUUAAACCUAAACUCUUAAUUAUACAACUAUAGCAAGCAACCAAAAACUCGAAACGUUUAUUAAUGUUCUCAAAGUAUCUGCGAAUAGAUAGAUACUUAUACAUAUAUUUAUGAGUUUUACUUAUCGAUGGCAAUCUUUCGUCCAUCGACAAUUGUUUAUCGCUAAAAAGAACACCAAGCAAGCGAUUGCAUUAUGUGUGUAAAAAUCAAUUAUAAUUAGACACAUAGAUAGAGCAUACUUAUCGUGUAACUAAGCAUAUGCGCCACUCUUUUUCUCUUCCAAUUUUCUACUACCACCCGAUAACAUGGCAUAUUAACAAUAUUGGGCAUCUUGCGCAAAAUAUAUAGAUAUUUAACGGGCAGAUAUAUAUAUAUAUAUAUAUAUAUAUAUAUAUAUAUAUAUAGCUAUAAGCUAAGCAUUAAGUUUUGGCGCCAGCGUGAAAACUGAGCGUCUUUUUACUCUUUUUUACAUAAGUAUUUAUAUUUAACUGAACAAAAUCACAACUGAGCAUAAAAACGCAAAGAAUGGUAAAAAUGGAGCCACCUUUGAUUCAGACUCAUCUGCAUGCAACGGGAAGUCAACCUCCGAUAGCAGGCCAGAUCAGGACAGAGUACCACUUCAUCUUCCUCCUCCAUCCGGAAUCCGCUUUCAAACCCAUUAGCUGCAAGUGGUUUCAAAUCCAUGGGUUGUCCUUCGCUAAACCCUCCAAAAUGCAUCCCGCACACAUUAGUUGAGAACUAAGAUUACGACAGAUUCCCUGCUUUAUUGGCCUACGUCUUUGUUAAUCUAUUUAACUCUCGAUUAUCUAACGUACCAACUAUCGAUCGAUCUUUUGAUUGUUAUUGUAAAAUAUUUUUGCAAAUUCCCUAGUAUUUAUACGUGCAUACAUAAAGCAAGCUAGCAAAACCAAUGUCAAACCAAGUGUAAUAACAACAUUCAAUUUAUGGAUCAAUGAAUUAUGAUUGUUCUCUCAAUUCUGCAAAUGUGAAGCGCUAAUGGAAAAUCAAUAUGAAUACCACUUAAAUUAAAAAUACCGAUCAAUAAAAUAUUCUUGAAAUUGCAUUUU